CCUUCCCUUUUUUUCUGCCUUUCUUUUUCCACAUGCUCACAUUUUAUCAUCAAACACCCCCCCUCUCCCCCUCAGCGCAUCGUGCGCGUGCAGGAAUCGCUGCGGCUUUCACGAGCUCUCUGUCAAACAUCGCGCGUGACGUCACGCAGCGUAGCGUCAGGCUGUGCUUCCUGGUGCUCAGCAGAGGAGAAGUGAAACCCUGCGAGCUGAACUUCUCCACAAGACGCGCAGGUCGCGGGGGGAAGAAAGAUAGAAUAUAUAAUAAAAAAAAAGAAAAUAAAAGGAGAGAAAGGAUGGUGUGAAAUGUGCCUCAGGUGGCCGGGGAGAUAGAGAGCUCGGCGGUGUUGUUGGACGGUGUUCAGAGGCGCGUCGCCAUGCUGUAGCCAUGGACAGCAGAACACGUGAGAAUCCAGAUCGGACGUUUGAUUUGGUGCUGCAGGUGGCAUGCCCGUCAUCCGAAAAUGAAGAUCCAACAGUGCUGUGGAAGUUCCCCCAGGACUUUCGAGACCAGGAGGUCUUGCAGACGGUGCCCAAGUUCUGUUUCCCAUUUGAUGUCGAAAGAGUUUCUCAGAAUCAAGUGGGUCAGAACUUCACGUUCGUGCUGACCGACAUUGAGAGCAAGCAGAGGUUCGGGUUCUGCCGCCUCACCUCCGGCUGCAAGGUGUGCAUCUGCCUUCUCAGCUAUCUACCCUGGUUUGAGAAUUACUACAAGCUGCUAAACACCCUCGCAGACUACUUAACGAAACACCAGGAAAAUGAACUGAGCGACGUUCUGGACAAGCUGUACAGGAUGGCCGUGCCGAAACCCAACACGGCCAUAACCCUGAGCAUGCACUUGCGCUUCUUUGCCCCGGAUAUCACCGGACUUCCGACCAUCCCUGAAAACAGGAAUCUAACGGAGUACUUUGUGGCGGUGGACGUGAACAACAUGCUACACCUGUACGCCAGCAUGCUGCACGAGCGACGCAUCAUCAUUACCUCGAGUAAGCUUAGCACUUUAACCGCAUGUGUGCAUGGCUCAGCUUCCAUGCUCUUCCCCAUGCACUGGCAACACAUCUACAUCCCUGUUCUUCCCCCACACCUGCUGGACUACUGCUGCGCGCCCAUGCCGUAUCUGAUCGGAGUUCAUCUGAGCUUGUUAGAGAGAGUGAAGAGCAGGUCCCUGGAAGAUGUCAUCAUUUUGAAUGUGGACACGAACACGCUCGAGAGUCCAGCCGACGACCUGCACAACCUGCCUAGCGAUGUUGUCUCGAGUCUGAAGAGCAAGCUGAAGAAGCAGUCGACUGCCACGGGCAACGGAGUGGCUCGGGCCUUCCUGCGCUCUCAGGCUGCGCUGUUCGGCUCCUAUCGGGACGCUCUGAGAUACAAACCCGGAGAGCCAAUCACCUUCUGCGAUGAGAGCUUCGUGGCACACCGUUCCACCUCCAUGAAGACUUUCCUUGAGAUGGCUGUGAACCUGCAACUCUUCAAGCAGUUCAUUGAUGGCAGACUGGCCAAAUUAAAUGAAGGAAGGGGUUUCACAGACGUCUUUGAGGAAGAGAUCACAGAGGGGGGCUUUUGUGGAAGUAAUUCUAGAUCUUACCAACAGUGGAUGCAUACUGUGAAGAGAGGUGUGACGAAGGCGAGCCCAGCUGUGAAAUCUGCUUAUAGGAUUGCGAAAGUUCAUGCAAAAAAAGGUUUCCGCGGCGUGAAGGACCGGAUACGACUUAAGGACGCUGAGGAGGAGGCUGGGGUGUACUCUGCAGGUUCUCCCACCAGCACUAAAAGCCUCUCUCCAAGGAGGCUUCAAAAGAGAAGGUACCAACAGGAAAAUUCCCAUAGGAUUGCCGACUUUCCAGAUUAUCCCAUUGAUGUGGACGAGGACACAGUUAGCAAAAUCUCAGAGGACAGCGGAGACGUGUCAUAUUGUCUAGAGGACAGUGACGACUCGUGUGAGUUGGAGCAUGAGGCGGGACAGACGGGUCAAAUGAACUUACUGGAAGAGAUCUUAGACUCACUAAGCACAACCGCAUUAGAUCAUGGCUCCAGACUCUCAGCUGCCAAGAGCCUCGAUUUCUUCAGGUCCAUGGAAGAGCUGGACUGCAGUCCCACGAACACGUCCCUAGCGAAGACUAUUCCAGUGCAAAAUUGUGAAUUGGGCACUGCCACCAGUGGAGAACAGAGUGGCUGGAACAUGGGCCAGGACGACAGCGCCAUAAACGGCAAGCACCUCCCUCCUUCUCCUCGCCGCCAUUGCAGCACUCGCUCGCUGCCGGCUUCUUCGACCAAACCCUACGAGACCCAUCAGGACACAAGGAAUUGUCUCAGCGAGCCUUCCACCCAGUCCCUGUCCGAGAGCACCAGCCCUCCCGUCCACCUCGAGCUUCCCUCGGACCUGAAGCUCAGCACCGAGGCCGAGGUUUCCAGUGGCCUACGGAGGAAAGUCCUGUCCAAAGAGGCUAUUAGGCAAUACCAGGAGCGUUCACAGCAAGGGGGCAGCAACAGGCAGCCCUCAAUGCUUAUUCCUUGGGAAAAAGAAAGCAAAGGCGAUGACAAAGAGAUCAACGAAGACGUGGCACUGGAAAAAGGCUUGCUCGAGGAAAUCGAGUGUCGCUUGGGUUCCGCGCUGAGCUCCAACUUGUAACUCGGGUUAGACUGCAACGGUACUGUUCUGGGCAAAACCCGGGAGCCUUUUCUUUUCCUUAGCGUUCAUCCUUUUGUUUCGCAUCAGAACUACUUUAUGUAUCAUUUAAUGCCUUUUGUUGUUUCCGCAAAAACGGUUUAGUUUAUUGGCGUUUGGUAAAACGACUACUGUAUCACAAUGAUGGGUGUGUUCUAGCCCAGAGUUUCCCCGGGAUAGGCUUCGGAUCGACCGUGCCUCUGACCAGGAAAAGUCCAAGCCAGUAAUUUGCACUUCCUAACAGGUACAUUUAACUAAUCACUGUAACUCAAGCAAGGUUCGGUCCUCGUUGAAUAUAUUUUUAAACAAAAGACAAUAUAUAUUUUUUUUUUUAACUUUAUGCCUUAAACGUAUUUUCUGAUUUGCUUCUGGUACUAUGCAGUGUUCUUUAACCGUGACUCUGGACUCGUGUCUGUAGCUGUAGGUCAUUCUUAUAUUUCUCUAUUAUAUGGGUUUUUUAUUCUUCAUGGUGUACUUGUAUACCUCAGAAAGAACAGCAUGUUUUGUUACAACGCAGGUAACGUAGGUGUAUAUCUUUUCCCAGGACUCUUCUCAGGUUAGUGUUUUCUUCAAAUAUAGUGUUUAUAUGUUGAUCUUGGCUUUGCUGUGCAGUGGAUGUCAUGUAGAAUGUGUGUUUAAUUUUGUUUUUUUGUUUUUUUCGGACGGUUUCCUCAAAAGGACAUAAGUUGCAAAAACAGAAUCCUCAGAAAAGCAGUCGCAGAAGUGUUACUUGGAAAUAAUGGAAAUAUUGAACUUUUAAAAGUCUAUUUUAUACAGUUUGACUCGAUUCUUCCCCACAAGUUUUAUAUAUUGGGUGCAUUUCAAAUAUCUGGUUUCAUUUCGCGUCGCAGACUUCAGACAAAAACUUGAGUUCAUUCUCCACUGGUCUCAUAAGGAAGGUCUUGCGAUUUAUUUGGGCUUUUUACCAAACCAUCAGUCAUCAAAACCAACCUCACCCGCUACUGUCUUUUUGUUCUUUUGUGCUGAUGUGGUGGUUCGAAGCAUUCCAUAAAUCGGCACACCGUGUUACCUGUACGACUUUAUCUUGAGUUUCAGGAAGUUAAACAGAGCCGCACUUUUGCGACAGUCUGCUGUCAAAGACGCUUUUAUUUAAAUAACGAAGUAUUCCGCCGUGUUACGAAGUUGUUAGUGUAAAAAAAAACGGUAUUAUUUAACAAUCUAGGGCCACGUCGAUCAAUCAGAGUCGCGUGUAAAUGUUGGACGCUAAAUCAGUUUCUUGCAUGUGUACGUCGAUGAAUUCCAAUCAACCCGUGAGUUAUCGUGCGCUUUGUGGACGUGACGUCCACAGACAGCCGUCGGCCUGAAAAACAGGUAUUUUGUUUCGCCAUUAAAAAUAUAUUUUAUAUGUACA